AAACACAAACAGAUUCACAAUCUAAAACCCCCAAUUCUAAACCCUCGAAAUCCUUACACAAACAUACUCUCAUUGAGAUCAUUUCUUCGCCAUCCAAAAUCAGAAUUAAACAAAAAUGUCAAAGUUACCAUCAUCACUAAGAACCACCACCAAAAACACCCAAUUUUCUUCACCAAUUAAAUCCUUAAUUACACCAAUUCAAGAUUCACAAUCUCAACCUAAAUCAAUCACCAAAAAACCACCACCCACCACCAUAAACAACAACCACCACCGCCGCCGCCCACCACCGCCUCCGCCAAUAGUCUUCACUUCCCCUGACAUCACCGCCGCCAAAACCCAUUUCACAGCUCUCACCACCACCGCAAAGCACCCAUCUUUACUAAACAACAGGUUUUGCAAUUUAGUCCUUCAAUCUUUCACUAAUGUCUCUUAUACCCUCCAAGAUUCAAUUUUUUUUCUUACCCAUAUGAAAAAGACUCUUCCUUUAUUCACCCCUGAUAAAUUUACUUACCAUAUUUUGUUAUGUCAAUCUUGCAAGAAACCCGACCCGAAUCUUGGUAAUGUGGGUCAAGCUUUAACCUUUAUGGCCUCAAAUGGGUUUGAACCGGAUAAAAUGACUACGGAUAUCGCGGUGAGGACUCUUUGUAGUACCGGGCAUGAGGAUCACGCAAUUGAGCUGAUUAAAAAGCUUUCAAAUAGUGAGGUAACGAAACCCGAUAUUUAUACGUAUAAUUUUAUGGUGAAAUGUUUAGUUAGGACUAAAAGUUUAAGUGGUAUUAGUUCGUUUAUUAAUGAUAUGAGAGAAGAUUUUAAGGUAAAGCCGGAUUUAGUGACUUAUACUAUUUUGAUUGAUAAUGUAUGUAAUGGGAAGAAUUUACGCGAGGCAAUGCGAUUAUUAGAUAUUUUGAAAGAAGAAGGGUUUAAGCCCGAUUGUUAUCUUUAUAAUACGAUUAUGAAAGGUUAUUGUAUGUUAAGUCAAGGAGGUGAGGUUUUGAGGGUUUAUAAGAAGAUGUUAGAGGAAGAGCUAGAGCCUGACUUAGUUACGUAUAAUACGUUGAUUUUUGGGUUAUCGAAGUCGGGUAAGGUUAAAGAAGCCAUAAAGUUUCUUAACGAGAUGGCGAAAAUGGGUCAUUUUCCUGACGUGGUUACUUACACUUCGUUGAUGAACGGUUUGUGUAGAGAAGGGAAUGCGCUUGGUGCGUUGGAAUUGUUGGAACAGAUGGAAAUUAAAGGGUGUAACCCGAAUGAGUGUACUUAUAAUACUUUGCUUCAUGGGUUGUGUAAGGGGAAACAUUUGGAUAAAGGGGUUGAGUUAUAUGGUGUAAUGAAGGAGAAUGGUAUGAAGCUUGAGUCAGGGUCGUAUGGGACGUUUUUGAGGGCGCUUUGUAAGAGCGGGAGAGUUGCAGAAGCUUAUGAAGUGUUUGAUUAUGCUAUAGAGAGCAAGAGUUUGACAGAAGUAGUUGCAUAUACUACAUUAGAGAGUACACUUAAGUGGUUGAAGAAAGCUAAAGAGCAAGGCCUUGCUGUUUGAUAAUUAGGUCGGUGUGCUCUAUAUCUUCAUGUUUUUACUUUAUAUGUAUUCACUAUAUAGAUUGGUUCGUCACUUUAUGUAGUUUUUCUUAUAGAUACCCAACCCCAAUCAUUUAUGUUCUAUAACAUAGAUUACAUAAAGAAGCGAAUCGGCUCAUUUUUUGGCUGGAAAUAGUGGAAUUUCUUCCCUGA